AUGCUUUUCGGGAGCACCAUAGCAGGACAAACGCUGAAACAUACCGGCCUCUUCACUAGAAUAGUCAGCAUCCGUUGGAACAUCCACAAGUCACAUACCAUGUCACUAAGACGCUCUGCACGCGUCGCAAGUACUACUGUAACAAAAGUAGCAGAUUCAAAUUUUCAAAAUGGCGUUACGAAGUAUGAAAAGGCCACCAAAUCAAAUGCAACAGCAAAAAAGCGCAAGACUUCGAAAGUCGCGUCCAAGUCACAACCAUCAGACGAUGUAUCAGAGAAGCCUGGAGCCGAAGAAAACACCAACGGAACAAUAGAAAAGCAAAUCCCGGAUAUUACAUCCACAUCUGAUCCCGUAACGCCUCUUCCCAAGAAACGCAAAACGAAGCCAACUGCAGAAUCGCCAAUAAAGCCAGUCCCUUUUACACCCACUCCUGCAGCCGUCACGCUUCUAUCAAAAGGCGGAACGGAUUUCGAUCACCCACUGGACGAUCUUUCCAGCCUGCAACCCCGUCCCGCAGAACCACACGCCACAAACGCACCCCUCGCAACACCAAACGGCUCUCACACCGUCCAAGCCUACGGGUCCUCUCCGGUAAAGCCCGGAGACGCAACACCUGCUCGCAAGCGCAAAGCCAAAGAACUGGUACCUCCAGACGUGGGCGCAAUCCCCAGUGCAAGCACGAACAUCGAUCGCUUGCUGAAAGAUGCAGAAGCGCAUUUAGUGAGCGUAGACCCCAAGUUAAAGACCCUGAUCGAAAAACAUCAUUGUAAGAUUUUCAGUCCAGAGGGGCUACGAGAAGUUGUGGAUCCAUUCACAGCCUUGAGCUCUGGCAUCAUUGGACAGCAGGUCUCAAGCCAAGCCGCCGCCUCCAUCCGCUCAAAAUUCACAGCCCUCUUCCCCUCGACCCAUCCUUCCUUCCCUUCCCCCUCCCAAGUCCUAUCUCUCCCCUUGCCUACCCUGCGUACGGCGGGGCUAUCCCAGCGCAAAGCAGAAUACAUCCACGGGCUCGCCGAGAAAUUCGCCUCAGGUGAACUCUCUGCUGAGAUGUUAGUUAGUGCCAGCGACGAAGAGUUGAUCGAGAAGCUUGUCGCAGUGCGUGGGCUAGGGCGCUGGAGUGUAGAGAUGUUUGCGUGUUUUGGAUUGAAGCGGAUGGAUGUUUUUAGUACGGGGGAUUUGGGGGUGCAACGCGGUAUGGCCGUUUACGCUGGCCGUGACGUAAGUAAACUGAAGAAUAAAGGUGGGAAGUGGAAAUAUAUGAGCGAGCAAGAAAUGCUUGCUACAGCCGCCAAGUUCUCGCCGUAUAGAUCACUGCUCAUGUGGUACAUGUGGCGCAUAGCCGAUGUUGACGUCACUGUCUUGCAAAAGCCGGAAUGA